AUGCAUCGUAUUAUUUUAUUAUUUUCUCUCGUUGGAUUUUUUUGCAUCGUCUAUGUUAAUGGACGAGCAUAUAAUCAUGAAGAAUUCGAUUUAACAAUGCAACAUCAAACUCAAAUAAAUAGAAAUGAUAAAAUGGUAAAAGAAGAUCCAGAAAUAAUAAUUGUCGAAAUACCUGAUAAAAUUAAAAAUGAUACUAAACAUCGAAUUAAUUGUUUGCCAGAUAUUGAUGAAUACAAAUCUUUCUGUAUGUUUGAUGUUUCAAUAAAUCGAACUUUGAAUAUAACUAAUGAAUCUUGUUUGGCUCGCGGAUGUACAUGGGACUCAAAUGUCUCUACUUGUUUCAUUCCAUUAGAAAAAGGAGGAUAUGAUCUAAUGGGAGAAAGUAAUCAAAUUUCAAAUGCGAUUACACAAUAUAAACUCAUUCGUCUAUCAACUAACUCAUCUAUGACAAAAAUACAAUCAAAGGAUACAUCUAAUGACUUUUCUUUAUUUAAUAAUGAUAUUGAUAAUUUAGAUGUUCAGAUUAGUGUGUCCGGUACUGAUAUGAUACGUAUGACUAUACGUGAUACAAAUGCUCAAAGAUAUGAAGUUCCAGUUCCUAUUCAAUGGAAUCCAUCAAUUUCAUCUUCAUCGAAAAUUAAAUUUCAAUUAACAAAAACUUUGAAUAAUCAAGUUGGAUUUCGAAUACAACGAACUAAUACACAAUCAAUAUUAUUUGAUACAUCAUUUUUUGCUAAUAGUUUUAUUUAUGAUGAUAAAUUUAUUCAAAUAAUAACAACAAUUCCAUCGAGAAAUAUUUAUGGUUUUGGUGAGAAUACUCAUCGUUCAUUUCGUCAUACAUUAAAAGAAUCAUAUCGUUAUGGUAUGUUUAGUAGAGAUCAAUGGCCAUCGGGAGUAAAUGAAAAUCUAUAUGGUGCUCAUCCAUUCUACAUGGUUGUUGAACCAGAUGGACAAGCUUUUGGUAUAUUUAUUUUCAAUUCAAAUGCACAAGAUUAUAAAUUUGAUGAAUUUGAUGAUGAUCAAGCUAUGCUUACUUAUCGAACAAUUGGUGGUAUUUUAGAUAUUAUCUUUUUUGCAGGACCAAAUCCAGAAAACGUUAUUCAACAAUAUCAAUCAGUUAUUGGUAAACCAUAUAUGCCACCUUAUUGGGCACUUGGAUUUCAACUAUCACGUUAUGGUUAUAAUACAUUGAAUAAUAUGAAAGCAGCAAUGACGAGAACACUUGAUGCAAAUAUUCCUCUUGAUGUCAUGUAUGGUGAUAUUGAUUAUUUUUAUAAACGACUUGAUUUUACUUGGCAUCCAAUUGAUUUUGAUGGUUUACCUGAAUAUAUCGAUUGGUUACAUGAUAAUGGAAUGAAAUUUAUUACAAUUCUUGAUCCAGCAAUUGAUUCUCAAGAAAAAAACUAUUCGACUUAUACUGAAGGAGAAAAAGCUAAUAUUUGGAUUAAAUGGCCUAUACAUCGAAAUCUUCAAUUUAAUGAAACAAAUAAUAGAAAUAUGCUUGGUCAUGUAUGGCCUGACGGAAAAGCUGUGUUUCCUGAUUUUUUCUAUCCACCAGCAAUUGAAUGGUGGAAAUCUCAGAUUGUUAAUUAUCAUUCAAAACUUAAAUUUGAUGGUCUUUGGAUUGAUAUGAAUGAACCAGCUAAUUUUGAUACAAAUAAAGAUAAACCAUGGAAUUGGAAUGGAGAAGAACUAUGGAAUCUUCAUUGUCCUAUUGAUGAUGAACCUUUCGAAAAUCCACCAUAUAAAACAGCAAUAUGUGGUGAUUAUAUAUCUGAUAAAACUUUAUGUAUGAUUGGUGAACAAACAGAUGGACAAGGUCAUAUCUAUAAUCAUUAUGAUGUACAUAGUUUAUAUGGAUGGUCAGAAACAGUAGCUUCAUUAGUAGCUGGACGAAUGACAGAAAAUAAACGAUCAGUUGUUAUUAGCCGAUCAACAUUUCCAUCAUCAGGUGUAUUUGGUGGUCAUUGGCUUGGAGAUAAUACUGCAGAUUGGACACAUCUUAAAUUUAAUAUUAUUGGAAUGUUAGAAUUUAAUUUAUUUGGUAUUCCUUAUAUAGGUGCAGAUAUUUGUGGUUAUUUUCAAAAUACAACAGAACAAAUGUGUCAACGAUGGAUGCAAUUAGGUGCUUUUAAUCCAUUCUUUCGAAAUCAUAAUGGUUUUGGUUAUAUUGAUCAAGAUCCAGGUAUUUUUUCGACAAAUGUUGCAACAUCAAAUCGUCAUGCUGUAGAAUUACGAUAUACACUUAUUCCAUAUUUAUAUACAUUAUUUCAUCGAGUUCAUGUAUCUGGUGGAACUGUUGUUCGUUCAAUGGUUCAUAUAUUUCCAUUAGAUUCUGAAUGUUGGUCACUUGAUGAACAAUUUUUAUGGGGUUCAUCAUUACUUAUCGCUCCAGUUAUCUAUGAAAAUCAUAUUAAUAAAUCUCUCUAUUUACCUACGACAGAACGAUGGUUUGAUUAUUAUACUGGUGAAGAACAAACAAUACUUGGUCAUCUAACUGUUUCAGCACCACUUGAUUUCAUUCCAUUAUAUUUACGUGGUGGUUAUAUUAUACCACAUCAACAAUCAGCAAUGAAUACAGUAGCAUCACGUAAGAAACCAUUAUUUUUAAUUGUAGCUUUAGAUAAAAAUCAAUAUGCUAGUGGAGAUUUAUUCUGGGAUGAUGGAGAAUCAAUUGACACUUAUGAACAAACGAUUUAUAAUUAUUUUAUAUUUAAUUAUCAAUCUCAACGUUUAACAAUUGAACCAUGGACUUAUAAAUAUCAACAAAUGGGUAAUGAUAUUAAAUUUGAAGAUAUUAAAAUAUUUGGUUUAAAUAAACAACCAACAAAAAUUUUAUGGAAUGGACAAGAAUUAAUAUCAACAAGUCAAUGGACAUUUAAUAUUACCAUGAAUGUUUUACAUAUGACAAAACUUUCAUUAAAUGUAGCUAAAACGCAUAAAUUUCUUAUUUCUUAA